AUGGAGAAGACGCAAGCCAAAACUUCUUCAGGCCCAGUGACAUGGAUGUCUCUUCCUCGAAAAGACCAGCUCCUCAUUCUCUUCCUCUCACGAUUUGUCGAUUUCCUGCAGGUCGCGUCUCUCCAGGCAUACGUCUUUUAUCAACUCAAAGCCUUUGACGACUCUCUUUCAGAUGCCCAAAUUUCUCAGCAGGCGGGAGUCCUGCAGGGAUGCUUCACGGGCGCCCAGGUAAUGACGGCCAUUCUAUGGGGCAAGGCUGCGGAUGCGAGUUGGUGUGGUCGUAAGUGGGUGCUGGUAACUGGACUUGCUGGGACGGCAAUAUCGUGUUUGGGCUAUGGCUUUGCGACGACUUUCUUUUGGGCGGCUUUUUGGAGGGUUUUUGGCGGUGCCAUCAAUGGGACCGUGGGUAUUAUUCGCACAAUGAUUGCCGAAAUCACAAAAGAGAAAAAGUACCAAUCUCGAGCAUUUCUGAUUCUCCCUAUGAGUUUCAACGUUGCAGGAAUUUUGGGUCCAAUCAUGGGAGGCAUGUUGGCUGACUCGAGCAAGACGCUUCCUGGUUUGUUUGGAGAAAAGGCAGUCUUUGGAUUUCAGUGGAUACGAGACUAUGCGUACGCAUUGCCAAGUCUGAUCAAUGCUGCUAGCUUGUCUAUUGUGACGGUGAUUGUGUUUCUCUUCUUGGAGGAGACAUCAAGAUCACGACAACACAAGUUUGACCUUGGCCUUCACCUUGGGUCUCGGCUUAAAGCCAUCAUUUUCGGUAGUGAGCAAGCCGACGAUUAUGCUCGCGUUCCCGAAUGGGAGGAUCGUGCCAUGGAGAAUUUCCAAGACAAGCAUAUCCCAGCAGAGAAACCUGCGCCGUCACUGAAUCGGCUUCCCUUCCGCCGACUUUGGACGCGAAACGUCUUGUUUACGCUGCUGACCGGGGCAUUUUAUGACUUCCACCUCGGCGCCUUUGGCAAUAUGUGGUCGUUGUUCUUGUCGACACCUCGAUAUUUCAACCCGACAAAGAGAAGCUCGGAGGGAUCUGAACAUCUACGUCGAUAUCUUCCUCUCUUGUUUACCGGCGGACUGGGUAUGCCUGCGUCGACGGUUGGCGUUGCGACGUCUUUUCUAGGAUCACUGGGGAUGCUGCUACAAGUGACUCUAUACCCUCCCGUCCAAGCACGUCUCGGCACGAUGAGGUCCUUUCAGUGGUUCCUGUUUCUCUUCCCAGUUGCAUACUUUGUCGCCCCCUACCUCUCAAUACUACCAUCCUGGUCACAACCCUCUGAGCCGGCGUCGGGAGGCUUCAUCUGGGUGGGAAUCAUCGUUGUCCUGUUUCUCCAGGUAAUGGCUCGCACAUUCACACUCCCGGCGAGCAUCAUCUUGCUCAACAACUGCAGCCCGCACCCGAGCGUGCUAGGUACCAUUCACGGCCUAGGACAGAGCGUAUCUGCGCUGUUCCGGACAGUCGGGCCCGUGAUUGGAGGCUGGUGGUACGGCUACGGCCUGGAUAUCGGCAUGGUGGCCUGGGGGUGGUGGGGAGUUGCAGCCAUGUCAGCUUUGGCGUGUGGGACUGCGAUGGGGAUGCAUGACGGUAGCGGACAUGAGGUUUUCUUGGAGGGAGAGAUGGAUGAGAUGGAGUAGACGGUGUGAGGUUUGGUUCAUCUUUGAUGUUUGUUUUGGGCUGGGGGUUGAGUA